AUGGACGACAUAUCCGGCAAUAUAUCCAAGCAAUGGAACAAGCACCAUGCAGUGUACAUGUCAAACGCGAAUCUACCUCACAAAAUGCUCGAGACAGAGUUUUGCAUUCGAUUUGUCACAUCGUCUCCUCACGCAGCCCCAAUGGAGAUGAUGAGCGCCAUGCAAGAAUCAAUUAGGAAAGCUGCAGAAUCCGGAGUCUUCACUUGGGACUGCAAGCACGAAGAAGAAGUUAUGCUGGAGCUAUAUGGUCUGUUUCUCGGUGGCAACAAUCCCAUGCAGGCCGAGGAAUGUAGCCAAGCAGGGCUGCAUUGCAACUACUUCUGCAGGACAUGUGAAGUUGGCGGAACAAAAGAGUACAAAGAGUCAGAUGAGGGCUACAAGAGUAUCUUCGUGCCAGGAAAACAUUGCACUCCCGCAGGAACAGCAGAAGAGAUUCGUGCGCAGUUUUCUUCUGUGCUUGCUUUGGGUGCAACAGAAAAGAUUAAGAAAUCUGUCGCUUCGUCAGGCGUGAAGGACACAAUAACUGGUUACAUUCUCGAGACGGUCAUUGAGCUGGGGAAGAAACUUCAUAAAUGGGGUGCUGGCGUUCAGGCAAAGCCAGAGGCUGAAGUCAAGGCUAUCCUAGAGAAGCAACUUGAAGACCUCCUGCGAGGGAGCGCUCUCGAUGACGCUGUAGAAACAACAAUACUGUGA